AUGGCACUGGAUGACGUGGAGGCCCAAAAUCAAAUUCGCCAAAUGGUGAAUUUCAUCCUCAAUGAGGCGAAAGAUAAAUCUGAGGAAAUCGAGUCUAAAGCCAUGGAGGAGUUUAAUAUUAAAAAACUUACAAUAAUCCACAAGCUCAAGGAGGAGGCGAGACAAAAAAAUAUUAAGAAACUAAAGCAGGAAGAGACUAAAUCAUUGCUCGAAAAGACGGAAAUAUUGCAUAAAUUGCGCCUGGACUCUAUAAAGGUCAAAAAUAACAUUUUGAUGGAAAUACAAGAAGCUGCGGGCAUGAAACUAGAUAAACUGCACGAAGAUAAAGAGAAAUACAAAUCCUUAAUCAUAGAUUUGAUUGUGGAAGCCUGUAUAUUGCUAGCCACGCCAGAAGUUUGGGUUUUCUGCAAGGCGAGGGACAAACAAGUAGUCCUUGAAUCUAUUGAUCCCGCAAUUAAGAAAUAUGAAAAACUCAUCAAAUCCAACCCAAAUAAUCCUCAACAAAUAAAAAUAACUCUCAAUCCUAAAGACAUUGAGGCUGCCACAUCAAAAGGCUCCAUUUGCUAUGGGGGAGUUAUGAUAACUUCCGUUGAUGGAUCGCUAAUAUGCAAUAACACUUUGCGAACUCGUUUGGAAAGCAUUGUAAAUAGGGGGACCCCUAUACUAUCUUCAAAGCUAUAUGGUGAAUCACUAUAG